UAUUUUCUAAAAAAGACAUGCCGCGUUUUUACGAAAAAUAUAUGAAACAUAAGAUCUUUAUCUCCGAGCCGAUUCGUGACAAGCCUGCGACCGAGCUGCCAGGAAUAGGCGACACAGCGGGGUCAAAACUGACCGCUGCGGGAUUCGAAAAGGCUAGCACCAUCCUGGGUCAGUUCCUCCUCUUUAAGAUGGACAAGGAGUUGUUCUGCGAUUGGAUGUUCUUGACCUGUGAGGCGAAUAGCAAGCAGUGCGAGGAUUGCUGGGAAUGUCUCCGCAAAUGGUGCAACAUCUUUCUGUAACCUCUUGUGCCCUAUUUAUUAAUAAAAUGUAUGAGAACCCUUCUA